UGUGACUAAAUGUGGCGGGUCUGUGCAACAGGUCCGGACCAGAGACCCAGACCCGGACUAUGGACGCCCGUGUGUUCCUGGGUCGGUUUGAGGGGCGGUCGAGGCUCCUUGUCCGGUCUCUGCUGUACGGAGCCUCCGGCGCCAGCAGAGCUCUGCGGGUCUACCGUCGGCAGCAGCGAGCCGGACCGGACGCCCUGCCGGACCUCCUGGAGACCCUGACCCGGGACCAGGUCGGCUGUCCGGGAUCUGCAGCCCCGCUGACGGUUCAACCCCUGGUGUGCCUGUUUCCAGCAUUAUUCCAACAGAACUUGCUGUCCCUGGUCCAUCUGGUCCACCCGGCGCUCCCUCGGCCCUCUGUCCUCCGUCUCCUCCGCUGCCUCAGCCGGGACCCUGGGCCGAGCCCCUGGGUCUCCGCUCUGGUUAGACAGCUGGGAAGACACGUGGGGCCCUGGAGCGAGGAGCCUCUGUGCUCAGCCCUGUGCAGCCAGAGACUCACGGAGCUGUCACGGCGCUCCGCUGGCUCCGUCGGGACCGGAGGAUGGGCCACCUGCUUCAGCGAUCCAACAGUGGAGUCUGGAUCCCAGAGGGCUUCGGGUUCAUCUGAGCUCGGGUCACAACGGAAGAGAAAAGGCAGCUUUGUCUCUCUGGACUCGGACAGUGAGCCAACAGGACAGCAGAGUAAACGGAAAAAGAUGGACGUCUGUGGUGGCGAAUGUCUCAAUAGUGGAGAACAAACAGCAGCUCCUGCUGAAGACCUGCAGCUGGCAGCAGACGCUCCAUGUGACGUCCUGCCCGAACAUGUAAAGGUCUCUGUCCUGCAAAUAAAAGAAUUGCUAGAAAGUCAGAUGGAGAUGGACCAGAGCUCCAUGGAGCUGUUCAAAGUGCUCAAUGACUGUAAUCCAAACCAAGUGGAGGUGGUGUGCAGCAUGCUGAGUUUGCCUGAUUUACCGGAGCAGACUCUGCCUAAACUGUGCAGCAGUAUUUUGGCUCCCACUCCUGACUUCAGCUUCAGCACGGCAGCAACACUCACCCGGAGCCUCCUGCUGCAGAAGGUGCUGUCCCUGUCAGAGCCAGCCUCCAGAUGCCUCGUCACUGCGGUGACGUCUCUGUGUAGCCGCUACCCCAGACCAAUGUUCCAGGCUCUGAUCGGACCAGUUCUGGAGGAAAAGAACAUCUGUAAUCCACAAGCAGAACUGCUGAACAGACUGGUAGAAAGCUGCUUGGAUUCACAUUACAGACUGCUGGUGCUUCAAAUGACAUUUAAAGUAGCGUGGAGUGAGGCAGUUCUCUCUAUUAUCCACAGCUUGCUCGACUCCAAGCCUGAUUUGAGUGAAGAACUGUUCACACAGUUUAUUGAACAGCUUGUCAGCCAGUGUCCUCAAUUCACAAAGUCUGUGAAGUUUGCAAAGAUGAUGCUAACUGUCCUCACCAAAUACAACAGCCAUGUGAAGGCUGAACACAAACUCUCCCUGCACGGCUGCCUGGAGCUAAACGAGACAUUCCUGAAAAAGUCUCUCCAGGCUGCUUUGAAAAGAAUCGCACACAUGUGAAGUGUGAUCUCACCCAAUGCAUGUUGAUAUAACU